CAGAGAAUUACAUUGAUAGAAGUCACAACCUAUCUGCAAUAUUAAGCUGAUCUACCACCUAAAAUAUAUAUUUUUUAAAUAAUCUGGUCAGACAAGAUUAAUGAUAGGAAUGCAGUCAUACCUCCAUUUCCUUACCAUGCAGGGAGGAGGAGCUCUACCUAAACAGGAUAAACAGGACAUGAGAGUAGAUAACUCCAAAAGACUUCACUGACAUUAACCUUAAAGGUUUAGAAGAAGACAGACAGAAUAAUUGGCACUUAUCAGAAUGGGUUGUUACACUGCACUCAUUGCUCUUCUGUUUAUCCUUCACACGGUAAAUGGACAGACUACUACAGCAACUCCACCAUCGAUCACUACUGAUCCACCAUUGAGCUCAGCAGCCCCACAGUCAAGUGGGACUCCUGUCCAACUGUCAAGCUCAACAGCCACUUCAUCCUCAACAACUUCACCAUCAGAUACAACAGCUUCAUCAGUUGGUAUAACACCCUCGUCAACAGAUGUAAAACCCUCACUGGUUCGUGCCCCAUCUCAAGUGUCAAACACAGACAAUCGUACAUCUAUUGCAACAACUAAAGCAUCAAGUUUGACGCGUCAACGUCCAAAUGCAACAGCUCUGCCAUCAAAUGUAACAACUCCAUCUACCAAUACAAGCUCUCAGAGUGCAUGGACAACUCUGGCCACUAUAGGCGGGUCAUUGAAUACCACUCAAUAUCACUUUGACAAUUUGUCGACACCAUUUCCUAAGAUUAAUGGAACUAGCCCAGUUCCUCUGGUGGCUUCAUUCUCAAGGAGAUGUUCUUCAAAUCCACCUCUGUGUUGUCUUGGACUCAACAAUUCCUGUUUCAGAGGGUGCUUCUGUGAUGUGGCCUGUAUAAGGUCGAAAGAUUGCUGCCCAGACUUCCAGACUACUUGUGUGACAGGUGUGCAGAUUGGAUCAGCCACGGUGUCCUCAGUCUCCAACGCAACCAAUGCAACCAACGCAACCAACGCAACCAAUGCAACCAACGCAACCAACGCAACCAAUGCAACCAACGCAACCAACGCAACCAACACAAUCAAUGCAACCAACACAACCAAUGCAACCAACGCAACCAAUUCCACUUCCACAUCAUUCCCAGUGUUCUCAUUUCCAGGAAAUUGUUCUGCACGGCCGGCCUUGUGCUGUAAAGGCGCCAACGUGAACUGCUUCAGAGGGUGCUUCUGUGACGAGGUUUGUCAGACUCUAAAUGACUGCUGUCCUGACUAUGCAGAUACCUGCACAAAAGACAUUCAGAAGGUGAUUGGUAGUGGAACUAUAUCCAUUCUUGCUCCACCCAAUUCAACUGAUGCGUCUCUUGAAGUGUCUAUUCAGAAUGCUGCAUUACAGCUGCAGACCUAUCUCAAGACAACAUACACUGAAAUCAGCUCCUUCAGAAUCAUCAAACUUAAGAAGACCGGAAAGACUUAAUUUGUAAAUCUGCUCAAACACAUCAAAAAUAUGUGAUUGCAUUUUAGAUUAGAUUGAAUUUUUCUUUCUCUUUGUGUGAUGAAACUAAACAUAAUUGAUUAUAUUACAACGUAAAGCACUUGUAAUAGAUACUUCUAAUGUAUAUCUGGCUUGAUGGGUACUAUGUGGGAGAACAAUAAUAUGUGAAUUGUAUUGGUCACAUACACAUAUUUAGCAGAUGUUAUUGUGGGUAUAAUGAAAUGCUUGUGUACAGAGAAAUGCUUUGCACGGCUGUCUGUGGAUGAGAUAUGUCUUUAAUGUAAUUUCUCAAAUAAAUUGUCACACUUAUUGGACUAAACAUUCAACAUGAAAGGAAUCAUACAAUACUGUUCCUUCCUGAACAAGCAGGAAGUUGCCAGUAGAGGUCAUAGUAACACAGUUUUCCAUUGCAUGAUGCUUUCCUUGCCAUUCUCCUGUAUAGAGUAAACCACAUUUCUUGAUCUGGGUAGCUUCUUCGGUUUUACCAGCAGGGGUCCCCAGUUCCCACUAUACAGUAGUGGACAUUUUUAAUAUGCCUAGAAAUGGCUUCUCAUCUCAAUAUCCUGAAACUCUAGGACACCACCAAUGUCUGAAUGUUAAUGUUACAAUUCGAUAACUCAGACAGUUCAAUUAUUAAUUUGCCUUUGUAUCCAGGGAUAUUUAUGUUGUGUUUGUCUCCACUGACAGUCUCUGUCACAUUUGCCCAGUCGGCCUAUAUUGACACAAACCUAAUGCAAUUCAACUGGUUAAUUUCAUUGAUCACAUUACCCACUCAUUGUAUUUGUCUCUCAUGAAGGAAUGUAAGGAUCUAGUCAUGUAUCAUCACCUACUAUCCUAAACCACAAUGGUUACAAUCUUCCUGCUCCUUAAAACAGAUGAGAUAAUACUAUUGUUAUUGUAGUGCAAUAAUGCGGAUAAUGCUUUUUGUGACGAAGACAUAGACCGUUAAUGUUGCCAUAAUGAAAGAAAGACAGGACUACCGGAAAAGGUGUGUGACGGAGACUCUUGCGCUCUGUCGCGUGUGUGAUGGAGAGCAAAUUAGAUAGAAAGUGGUAUCUAAGAUAUUUAGUUGGUAGGAACAUCGGGGAAUAGAUCAGAUAUAACAAAAGUCAAGAAGUCAACAAAGCAAGUGUAUUAACAAUUCAACUGUAGAGCUAUUAUGUGAUCGUGCAUUUGAGAGCUGAUGAAGGGAGGGGCUAGAGACCAGGAACGUACUGAAUUGGAUGACACCGUGCGGGCGCAAGAAUAACAUAUAAUGGAAUUAAAGGAAAGGGAGAUAUUCUGAUUAAUCAAAAUUGUUUUUUCUUUUUUGGAAUACAAAUCUGUCGGCUUGAAGCUUUUAAUUUCGAGAUUGGACAUAUACUUUCGCCUGCACGUAUCGGACAUUUUACUAUGAUGCGGGGCCCUCGCUGUGCAAUGAUAAAGGCUCGACAGUCGCCUUUGACAAUCUGUUCAAAACGUCUGAUGUGUCUUUUGCCGAGGAGAUCCUGUUAGAAUAUGGCCAAAUCUAUAGGAAGGUGUCGGUGUGCUUCUAAUCGAAAUAACGCACUUUUCGAGGCUGAUCCAUUCGAAAUUGGGCGACUGUAAUUGUAUAGGUCAUCUCUCCAUCCUUGUCUGUCUGCUGGUCUCUCUCUAGGAUCUCUGUCCUAUUGGUGCGAUGGCCUUCUCCUUUCUGUCUUUCCUGAUCUUAUCUGUCCACACCCUCCUAUCCCUUGGCUGCCCAGUGGGAUGUCGCUGCUACAGCUUGACUGUAGAGUGUGGCUCUAUGGGCCUCCGGGACAUCCCCUCACAUGUCCCACCCUCCACACAGACCAUCUUCCUCCAGGACAAUGCUAUCGGGCAGAUCAAUCUAUCUGACCUCUCCCAGCUGGGCCUUCUGCACUGCCUGUAUCUGCAGAACAACAGUAUCGCAGCACUGGAGCCUGGGGCCUUCCAGAGCCAGGGUAAUCUUCUGGAGCUGGCCCUCAAUGGGAACCGCAUCCACCUGAUCACAGGAGACAUGUUCAGGGGCUUGGAGCACCUCCGUAUCCUCUACCUGGCAGGAAAUGACAUCACUCGCCUACAGGACUAUACCUUUAGAGGCCUACUGCGUCUUCAAGAGCUUCACCUACAGCAAAAUAACAUUGAGAUGCUGGGAGACCAGGCUCUAGUUGGUCUGUCCUCUCUUGCCCUCCUUGACCUCAGCCGGAAUAACCUGCACACCAUCGGCCCUGCCACCCUGCGGCCCCUCGUCAGCCUGCAGGUGCUGCGUGUCACAGACAAUCCAUGGCGUUGUGACUGUGCCCUGCACUGGCUGCGCAGCUGGAUUGAUGAGGAGGGCCAGCGCCUGCUGAGCUCGGCCGAGAGACGCUUGGUGUGUUCCGAGCCGCCCCGCCUUUCCCACCUUAGCUUGGUAGAGGUGCCUCUCAACAGCCUGGUGUGUAUCCCCCCUCUGGUGCAGCUGGAGCCACGCCGCCUGGCCGUGCGCCUGGGUGAGAGCCUACGUGUCUCCUGCCAUGCCUCUGGUUACCCCAGGCCACAGGUCACCUGGAGGAAGACGUCCCAGGGCAAGGUGCAACUAUCCCCGCGGGGGCUGGUGCAGGACCUGGGCAGUGUAGGGAGCGUGGGGGCUGAGGAUGCAUCACACCCAGGGCGGGUGAGACUCCAGAAGGAGGAUGGGGAGCGCUUCGAUCCAGACACGGGCAGUGGAAUGCUUUUCCUCAGCAACGUGACGGUGUCUCACGCUGGGGUGUAUGAGUGCGAGGCCUGGAACGCUGGAGGGGUGGCCCGUGUCACCUUUCAGCUAGCAAUCAACUCCUCGUCCUCUUCCGGAUGGUCCCCCGCCUCCUACGCCCCAUCCUGGCCUCGUCUGCGCGCCAAUCGGCCAACAUCAUCAGACGUGAGGAAAGAGCCCCUGUACGCCCUUGGCAGCAUGGCCUUCAGCACGCUGGGAGCUGCUACACAGACUGCCAUCGCCAUAGGGAUCUCCCUACUGGCCCUCACUGCCCUUCUCCUGGUGGCCAUGAUCUACAGCCGGCACCGCCAGCGACAGAAAGACACAGAUGACAAGGAGGAAAGCAUACUGUAUGUCAAUGAUUACUCAGACGGACCAACAACCUUUGCCCAGCUGGAGGAGUACCGCGAUGAGCGCGGGCAUGAGAUGUAUGUUCUUAACCGCGCUAAACCCAUCAUCCCACCUUCCACCACAGCUGAUACCACCACCCUGGGGUACCAACAGCAGGAAGCACUGUCUCCCACAAAGCCCCAGAUGGAGCCCGAUAUACGGACAAUGAGAAGGAUGGCAGGGGAGGGCGUGGAGGCAGAGACGGUGACAGCUGAGUCAGAGGGCUUGUUUCUGAAUCACACAGGGUUGUUCCUCGACUCACAAUUUGCAUAUGAGAUCCACUGCUGAAGGCCCCCAGGAGGACAUUCACUGUGAGCUAGCCCAGAGUGCUUAAUGUCACUUUUCAGAUGGAUGUCCCUCUGGUGAUCAAACCUCUAGACUGCAGAUCAGAUUUGACAAAGAGAGUUCAGAUUAAUCAUAAAUCCUGAUUGCUCUGGUUCCAGAGUGACAAGCUUGAGUAGCAGUGAGAUAUAAAGACAUGCCAGGAGAGGUGCCGCCGUCAACCAAAACCCCCACUGUACUGUACCUUACUGUGAGCUGAAAAAAAUGUGUCUUAUGUCAUGUUGAUUAACUCCAACUUGAAACUAUAGUUACCAUAUUAUGGAGAAACCAUUAGUGGAGUGAGUCACGUGUAGUGGAAAUAACCUUAUUAUGAUUCUACUGUUUUACAUCAACUAAACUGUGUUAGGGGCCUAAAAAGGCACCCUUGGCUGAACGCUGAGAGGUUGAGAAUUUAAUGAGUAAUGUGUAUCGUAAGUCUUUCAUAAAAUACUUCUUUGUGACAGAAUACUGAGCUACCCAGAUCCUCCAUUUUCCAGUCUACAGCCAUUGUCUUCGGUCAGAUGGCGUCAUUCUAACGCAACACACGUCAGUGCAGAUGGCCGUCGUGCUGAUGCAAGACAAUGGUCUACAGCAUAAUAUUCCUUCCAAAGAUUUCAUCAGUCAAACAACGGUAUACAGUCAAACAAGCUCCCUCUCCUUCAGGUCCUGUUCAUUUCAUUAUAGUGCCUUACAAAAGUAUUCAUCCCCCUUGGCGUUUUUUCCUAUUUUGUUGCAUUACAACCUGUAAUUUAAAUGGAUUUUUUAUUUGGAUUUCAUGUAAUGGACAUACACAAAAUAGUCCAAAUUGGUGAAGUGAAAUUAAAAAAAGGACUUAAAAAAUGAAAAAGUGGUGCGUGCACCAGUUGUGGAGAAGUAAUCAUCAGGGUUGGGUUAUAAAAAAGUAUCUGUAUCUUUGAACAUCCCACGGAGCACCAUUAAAUCCAUUAUUUUUAAAAAUUGGAAAGAAUAUGGCACGACAACAAACCUGCCAAGAGAGGGCCGCCCACCAAAACUCAUGGACCAGACAAGGAAGGCAUUAUUCAGAGAGGCAACAAAGAGACCAAAGAUAACCCUGAAGGAGCUGAAAAGCUCCAGAGCGGAGAUCGGAGUAUCUGUCCAUAGGACCACUUUAAGCCGUACACUCCACAGAGCUAUGCUUUACAGAAGAGUGUCCAGAAAAAAACUUAAAGAAAAAAAUAAUCAAACUCGUUUGGUGAUCACCAAAAGGCAUGUGGGAGACUCCCCAAACGUAUGGAAGAAGGUAGUCUGGUCAAAUGUUGUUUUUUGGCCAUCAAGGGAAAUGCUAUGUCUGGCGCAAACCCAACACCUCUCAUCACCCUGAGAACACCAUCCCUCAUCCAUCAUGCUGUGGGGAUGUCUUUCAUCGGCAGGGACUUUGAAACUGGUCAGAAUUUAAUGAUGUUUGCCGCUAAAUACAGGGAAAUUCUUGAGGGAAACCUGUUUCAGUCUUCCAGAGAUUUGAGACUGGGACGGAGGUUCACCGUCCAGCUGGACAAUGACCCUAAGCAUACUGCUAAAGCAACACUUGAGUGGUUUAAGGGAAAACAUUUAAAUGUCUUGGAAUGGCCGAGUCAAAGCCCAGACCUCAAUCCAAUUGAAAAUCUGUGAUAUGACUUAAAUAUUGCGGUACACCAGCGGAACCAAUCCAACAUGAAGCAGCUGGAGUAGGUUUGCCUUGAAGAAUGGACAAAAAUUGUAGCUCCCUCCAGUAACCACGAGCACAACUGUUCCUUGAUUUUAACUGGCGGUUUUAUUCUGUAGUUUUAGUCAGAAUUAUCACCUUCUGUGAGAACUUUAAAGUAAAUGAAAAUACAGUUACAUCAUUCUUACAUCUUUCUUAUCUUAUGAGUAACUUAUUAGCUUAAUAUGACUCUGAAGUGCUUACAUACAUAAAAACAGUUUAGCCAGAGAUAUAACAGUAUCAGGUUAAACACAUGAAUAAAGGAAAAUACCUCAUUGGCUGCUUAUUACAGAAGGGAGGAAAUCCAAAACUUCACACUUCUUAUUCCUGACAUGAAUUCCCGCUUCAUCCUUAAUUAUUAUAAUGUUACCAUCCUAACCUAACAUACACAUUUCAACUGUUACAAACUACACCCGAAGACAUGAAUAACCUAUCUAACACAGCGUGGGAUUGCCUUCACUCCAAAAGUGCCUUGCUACGAUAAUAAUCCUCGUUAUAACAGUUCUUAGCCAUGUAGUUCCGCUUGUCUUACCAUUUCCCCCGCAUAGCCGAACACGUAAACAAUUCAAACAAAAACAACGACAUAGACUCACAGGUUAAUUGUCAGUUACAAAAAUCCCAGUGGCUAGAUGUGCCAAGCUUAUAGAGACAUACCCCAAGAGACUUGCAGCUGUAAUUGCUGCAAAAGGUGGCUCUAAAAAGUAUUGACUUUGGGGGGUGAAUAGUUAUGCACGCUCAAGUCAUUUUUAUUUAUUUUUUGUCUUAUGUCUUGUUUGUUUCACAAUAAAUAAUAUUUUGCAUCAUCUUCAAAGUGGUAGGCAUGUUGUGUAAAUCAAAUGAUACAACCCCCCCCCCCAAAUCUAUUUUAAUUACAGGUUGUAAGGCAACAAAAUAGGAAAACUGCCAAUGGGGGUGAAUACUUUCGCAAGCCACUGUAUAUUGGUGACAAAAUAUAUAUACAACAAAAUGUCAACAUGCAUGAACUGAAGAUGAGGAGAUGUAUUACAUUUGAGGGCAUUAUCAGAAAUCAUUGACCUCCUAUAACUUAAAAUUAAUACUUUUUAAAAUCCAUUCCUGUAGGGCUCAACUUUAUGAUGAAAGUAUUUUUGUCACUUGAACUUCAACAUGUUUUUUAGUUGACAAAACAAGGCCUAAUGUGAUUCAAUGUUGAUUUUUUUUAAGAUAAAGUGUUCAAUAGCUUUUAGCCAACUGUAUUUCCAGAAUGAGGUUAAGUUUAGGAAAAGGGUUAGGGUUAGGCUUAGCUACAAUCCUACAGUUGUCAACAACUGUUGUUCAAGACGCGACCAGUAGAUAGAGCUGUUGGCCAACGCCAUCUUUCAACAACGAUAGAGAUGUUAACAAACCAUCUGUGGCGACAAAUCAUCAGUAUAUCAUAACACUGGACAUAGGUGUGUUUGAGGCGGGAAGAGUGAGAAAAGCCGUGCAAUCUGGUAUUAAAACACUGGAUUGUCCUCCCCUUGUAAAACUGAAUUUCAAGCUCUUCAUUUCAGAUGUUUUUAAUGCAUUUAUUUAAAAAUGUAUAUAUAUUUGUGGUUUAUAUUUAUUGUGUUUUAUUCCUUUUCCAAAUAAAUACAAUUAGGAAAAUGG